UUAACAAUCCCGUGAUGUGAGGGGAGUGCUCGCAUAGCAUCGGAAUGACUGCUGUGCCUUUCUCGAUUCCGGCUUAACAACAACAACAAAAAAAACACGCAUUCGGCAGCUGUUGUCAGGUAACAGUUUAGCUCCGUUGUUGUCUAACGACAUGGGCUUGUCGGGGUCCAAGGCUGUCGGUGGAUAUAUCUUUCCGCACGGAUGUUAGCAGCGGGAUGAAGCCUCUCAUCGGACCUAACGGGAUGCCGUUCAGUUAGCUUCCCGGGAGGUCAGAUUCCUGUGCCACACGAGCUAGCAGGCUAGUUAAUACGUUGUGGUUAAUUAAAAGCUACUGCUCGUGCUCGAAACGGAGUUAUGGCGCGGCUAGUGUUGCAGCAGCUGUCAGAUUUCGGGGACUUUACUGGCAGCAAGGCGCUAACUGAAAUGCUUGAACUGACUAACAACGAGCACAGAAGCAGUCUGUCAGACGUCCGCCUGAGCCCAGAUGGUCGUCACAUCCAUGUCAUCCUCCGCGAGCCUAAAGCCGGUCUUGUGACUUUUGACAAGUAUGAGAGACCCCAGCUGGUCCAGAACCAGAAGAAGCUGGAUUCGCGGUUGGCACGAACUGUGCCCAUUGUGGAUAUUUUAUAUUUGGAUCCCAAUAAUAAUAAUAAUAACAGCAGCAGCAGAGACGCAGCGACAUUAGCGGUGGUUUAUGAGAAUGGAAAAGCUGAGUUUUGGAAAUUCCAGGAGUGCAGAGCUGGCUGGCAUCUCCUGCAAACAUCAGACUUGUGCAACAGUCCCCGAGCCAGAGUGUUAUCUGUGUGUGCCUGCUCCAGUCUUAUCAUAUGGUGUGAGGAGAGGCCGCCCUCGGAAAGCUCCUCAGCCCUCAGCUCUACAAGGAAUAAGCUGAGAUACUGUGUUUGCAGACGUGACUUUGAAGUGGAGGAGGGGGCUGUCAGCUUGGGAGGAGUGAAAAUCGCCCUCCACAACAAUCCCAAAUUCACUGUGGUCAGCUCAGGUCAAUAUGUGUAUCUUCUCCCUGACUCGAAACUGAAACCAAUGUUGAGCAUAUCCAAAUUUUUCCUUUCCUGGUCCCCUUCCCAGGACUCUUUCAGCAUCAGCACCACUUGUAAAAACACUCCCUUAAAAAGGUUUUCGGCUAAAGAGGCCGACUUUAAGAAGCUGGUGACAGACUCUUUAGGAUAUUUAUCCACACUUGAACCACCUGAGAUCUAUGACUUCGCUCCUACAGCCUGUGGAGACCUGCUGCUGUUGCUCAGCACCGGCUGGCUGUGUCUCCUGCAGAAAGAUGGGCUGCUGCGGCAGGUAUACAAACAGGCAGACAACUGCUUGGUGAAAUAUGGCACUCACACUAGCCUCUGCAUGUACCAGGACACCCUGGCGCUGCUGUCAGGGCAAAACCUGCAUCUCAUAGACGUGAACUGCGGCAAGGAGCUGGAAAAGAUUGUGCUGAAGAGAGAGGGGUUAUUAUACACAAACCGGGCUGAAAGAAGGACACCUCACCUGCUCUCAGAAGCUGGACUUUUUGUGGUUGUGAACAAGGAGACAGAUUCCAAGGAUUGCAACUCAAAGAUGAAGCCUUCUGGUUUUAGUACAGUGGAAGGUAUUCAUCCUGGAGCCCUCCUGGUAGAGGCUGUCUUUGAGGAGGCCUGUAAAUACUACCAGCAGAGGAGCCUGAGCAGCACCCAGCUCACUGUGGAUGCAGUGAAGAAAGGAGGUAGGUUCCAGGCGCCCAUCUCUUUAGCCUCCAUACUCAGGAACUAUUUCAGCGUAGGGUCGAGGCAGAAGGGUGCAGAGCUGUCCCAGAAUGUAGGAGAUGGAUGUAUUGCUGGCCAAGACAAGCUAAUGGUCUCUCUGGAGGCCGAGCUGAAGGCUCUGGUCUCUCUGGAGGAACUGAAGGGGAGCUUAGUGAGGGGAAGUGUUAAAGAGGUGGAGGCAGUGUGUGAGAGUCUAGUUGAGAAAGAAGUAGCCAGACUUCUGUCAUCCUCAGAGCUGGAUAAAGAGGAUCUGCUUUACCUCAACUCCAUCUUCAGCAUCUUCCCUUGCCAGGCGUGGAGGGCGGUGCAGGCUGCCCUCCAGCUACACUACAACGGGGAGGGCUCUCUGUCCAGCAGGGCGCCCCCAGAUAUGUGGAAAACUGUCCUCAGUCCUGCUUCAUCCUCCAGCUCCCCAGCCUCCCUCCGAUUCACAAAUGGUGGGCCAAAACACAAUCACAGCGUCAAAGGUGAUCAGGUUGUGAACUGUAAAGCCAAAUCCCCAAACUCCAAUUCCCCAGCUGCCCUGCCUGUGUUUGAACUCCUCUGCCACUCAGUUUUCCACUUCCAGCCCAGCUGGUUGCCCAGGUUCCUCGAGCUCGCCCAGCAGCAGCAGGGCUCAGUCAGCCUGGGCCUGAGUCUGGCCUCUUCCUCAUGGAGCUUCGCUGGUGGGAGGGAUGGGGAGGGCAGGGAGAACAAUGUACCGCUCUACAAGCGAGCUCUGUGCGUCUUGUCCAGCCUGAGCCAAGACAGAGACCAACGCCAGGACUUGGAGGUUGAGCUGCUGCUGGUCAGUGGGCGGCCUAAUGCCAUCCUGCAGGCGAUGAGGGUCCUCAUGGCCAAGCAGGAGUGGGAGCGGGUCACCCAGGUGGCCCAGAAGUUCUGCAAAGAGAGUCCGCUGCUCAACAAGGAGAUUUUCACUACUCUGCUGUGUGAGGUGGCCCAACACAGGGAUCUGGACCCAUACCUGGACUUGUUGUGGACUCUGUGCCCUGAGGACCUCACUGUCACCACCAUACUCAACUUGGUGCUGAAAAGCCUCCCCUCCCCUAACACCUCCCCUUUCUCCUCCUUCCCCAUGUCCAAUACAACCUCCUCAUCCCCUGCUCCCUUUGCAGACCCCCACAGCAGCCAGUUGACCAUCGGGCUGUUGAAACCUCUGCUGAGAAAAGUCCUACAGCGGGAGGCCAAGCCCAGCCAGCGCUAUGCUGACAUCCUCCAGUCCCCGUUGUUUCCCCCUCCGGCACCUCCUCGUCAGCCGGCACAACAGCCUAGGACUGUCGCAGAUCCCAGUACAGAUUUCGCUCUGGGCAGCGACAUUUCUUCGGCUCUUCUGACAGAAACACCUGAACAGCAGUCAUCCACACACACAACUGUGCAAAGGGCAAGGGUUGCACUACCUGCCAACCCAUUCUGAUUAAAAUUAUUAAAAUUAACAAGCACACUCAUCAUGGAGGAACAAAAAAAAACUGUCUCAUAAAACAUUCCACACAUAAUCUGACCAGACUGUGAAGCAGUGUGUGUUGACAAUCAAAUGAAAACAGAAUAAUAUCAGUGUGUUAAAGGUGUCAUCAGUGUAAUGCAGUUAUUUGAUAGUGUUUUUAAAAAGAUAACAGGUAAUUUCAAAUGAAGUAUGACAAGCAGAAACUAUGAAAUGACUACUGAAGAUCUUACCAAUGUAAAUACUGCUGGUAAUUUGAAGUCUUAAUGUGUAUAUACUGUAUCUGCAAUGUUAUUUAUCUCUUAAGCCUUAACUGCACGUGGAUGAGAAAGUUAUUGCGUAGUCUUGCCUUGAAUAAGCUUAGCCUUUAUCAAAGUAUCAUCAAUAAAUAAUGAUAAUAUAUUGAGUUAAGUGUUUAACUGCUCAGUAACAAAUCCCCUAACAGCCAUUUUGUGUGUGUGUGUACAAUAUUUUCUGUCCGACGUAGCUGGUGUCUGUUAGUUGUAGUCAAAUAUAGCUGCCUUUCACGUGCUGAUGUCAAAGUGCAUUCCUGCAGUGGGUAAUCUACUGAGUUUUAUCCAGACAAGCUGGCCUUUGUGUUUGAAUGUUUUAAGUGAGGUAUGGUGAAGGGGGGGCAAGGUUGCAGUAUUGUAGUUAACGUAUUAUAAGUGCUUAAACAUUAACCUGGUUUCGAUGGGUUCAACCAGACCAUGUAACGUCUGUGAACGAAACUGGAAGCAGUCAGUCUGUCCAGCUUCUGCCUUUCUCCGUGUUUUUUUUUUUUUUUUACCCAAUGUUGUCGUCCAUUUUUCUUUCUAGACUCCAUCUUGUCCCUUGCAGUCCAACACACAGGACAUUCCAGACAGAAUACAGAGUAAAACUGACUCACAGUUCGACUUGAAAUUGAAUUUUCGGCGUAAUUCUGUUAGGAUUUGAGUGCAGGUUGGGCACAUUGUGACAAACACAGGCGUCCUGCUGCUUGCAUAAGGUCAUGUAUAUCGUCCUCCAUGGACUCUGUGGGUAAUGUUAUUAGAGAUGUUAGGCUGCUCUGUCUUGCCCCUGCUAUUUUUUUCUUCAUUCUCUGAAACCAGUUGCACUUUUUAAUCACCCCAGUCAGUAUUGUUUGUACUAUGCUUUUGAUUCAUCUGUUGAAAUGAAUGUUUUCUGAUUAAGUGCCGUGAACAAAAGUACAUUUAAGUGCCUAUUGUCUUCAAUGCCUUUGUUAUUGCUUUCUCUUUAAGCAGUCUGCAAGGCGUGUUUUAAUUACAGAAAAGUGUUUGUUUUGUUUUGUUUUUUGUUUUUGUUUUUUUUUUUUUUUGGUUUCUUUGUACGUAAAUGUAGAGCUCCACAUGGGCGAGGUACUGACAACAGAAACUCCUCUGAUAUCUCUAAAGUGUUGAGUGACAAUCAGACUCCAAAAUGCUGCAGAACAAUCAGAGUGCCUUUCACAUCGCUGCUCUUCAUUUACAGGACAGUGUCACAUUUCUGCUGCGUCUCCUCAGCUCCAGUCAUAUUUCAGAGAAAGAACUGGAGGUAGAUCAGAGGAUCUGUUCUCUCUCUCUGUAUUGUAGAGUACAGUGUUCCUUUUUUUCUCUAUGUGGGGAAUAGCUCCUGGUCUCUACAGUCAAAUGUUGUCUGUAUCUUAAUUUCGACAUGAAGCCUGCUGAUUUCAUACUCCUAAUUGGUGUAUUUUAUAGUGUCAUUCCAAGAUUUGCACACUUGAACAAGCAUGUCAAAAUCUGCUUGACUGAUUCCAGUUUAGUGCCAUGGGUUUCACUGUGUACCAGACAUGUUUCAACCCAUCUGAAAGUAAAUGGGAACUCCCUGAACUUCCCCACACAGAUCACUCAGCCCAGUGUUAUGACUGUUCAGAUGUUAAAUAUUAAUUCCCUUUAACAAAUAGGAAUUUCUCUUAGAUUUGCCUGACAGAGUUUCACAUCUACAUUGGUUUAUUUUUGGUGAUCCUAGUAUUUAUGAACCAUGCUGUAUGCCAUUAAACUGAAGAUAAAACUUC